UCCCCCCGCCUCCCCCUCCUCUACAAACCCACCCCCUCCUGUAGAAGUGACCCGAGGCAGCCGGAGAGUUCCUCCGCUGGCCCCUCCACGCUCCUCUCCGCGACGAUCGGCUGGAACACGCGUGGAGACCCACGCGAGGGAAUGCGCAUUUCCACGGCUCAGACCCUGCGUUCAGAUCCCCUCAGGCGCCGUGUCCGGCAUCUCCGACUGUGGGCAGAAAGCCGGGUGAAGGUGGAGCCCCUCGGCUGCUGUGGAAGUCUGAACUCACGUCCGGAAGAGCCGACUGAGCAGGGAAGAUGCCUCAGAAGCACAAGUCCUGGUCACAGCUGAAACAAGCUGGGAACGAGUGCUUCAAGAAGGGCCAGUACGGCGAGGCCACUGGCCUGUACAACCAGGCCAUCAAGGAGCUGGAGAAGUCACGCACCAAGAACCUGGACGACUUGGCCGUCCUCUACUCCAACAGAGCUGCCAGUUACCUGAAGGACGGGAACUGCUCCGAGUGUGUGAAGGACUGCAACACGUCUCUGGAAUUGUCUCCGUUCAACGUGAAGUCUCUGCUGCGCCGGGCCGCCGCCUCGGAGGCGCUGGAGCGCUACCGACAGGCGUAUGUGGACUACAAGACAGCCCUGCAGAUCGACUGCAACAUCGCGGCAGCCCAAGAUGGCACCAACAGGAUGACCAAGGCGUUGGCAGAAGCCGACGGGCCGUCGUGGCGGGAGAAGCUUCCUCCGAUCCCAACCGUCCCGAUGUCGGUCAAAGAGAAGCUCUGUCGUCAGCAGCAGCAGCAGCCGGUGGCAAACAGCCGUGGGGACGUGACGCAGCCAGCUCUGAGUGAAGAGGAGAUGAAGAAAGCUCAGGCGCUGAAGGACGAAGGCAACGCUCUGGUGAAGAAAGGUCAGCACAAGAAGGCCAUCGAGAAAUACAGCCAGAGCCUCAAACACAACCCUGCUGAGGUGACCACGUAUACCAACAGGGCGCUGUGCUUCCUGUCGGUGAAGCAGUACAAAGACGCAAUCCGGGACUGUGACGCCGCUCUGAAGAUGGACAGCAGCAACGUGAAAGCUCUGUAUCGGAGAGCGCAGGCUCACAGCAGUCUGAAGGACACGGACUCCUGUGUGGCUGACCUGAAGCGCCUCCUCGAUGUGGAGCCAAAGAACACAGCAGCGCUGAAGCUGCUGCAGGAAGUUCAGAAGUAAUCCUCAAGACGAUGCCCUCUUGACUGGAUCUGGAGCCCAUCCAUUCAGGGCCUCAGCUGGAGACCUCGUGUUGCCUUUUCGUCUUUUACAAUUUCAUAUUUAUGUGUAUUUAUACGAGCUUUUACAUAUUCUACAGUGUGAAUGUGUGACAGAAAAAUAAACCAGCGUCUUCAGAAUCUCGCCCUAAGUCCAGUGUCCUCCUCCUCCCAGGCACAUGUCUGCUAACUCUCUUCUAUCCAGCCUUGCUCUCACUGUGUCAGCAGCAAACAUCAGGGUCCACAGACACUUUGGUCGGUCACAAAAAAAAGCCAUAACAGGAGAAGAAAAAAGCAAGGAAAAUGACCAUCAGAAAUGAAAACUAAUGCUUCAAAAAAUAAAUGUCAACAGUCUUUGCUGCUGAAUACUGAUUUUUUUUGCAGUCACAAUCUAUCUGAUGAACAUUGGGGGAGAAAGUACAACUGAUCAUCUGUCAAAGGCCAUAACAAAAGAGGGAAAAAAGAA